AUUUGUAAUUUAUCAAAUACCAAAAAAAAAUAUUCGUGAUUUAAAAGUUAUGAAUUCCAAUUGAAUGAUAUCUAUUUGUGUAUUGUACUUAAUUCGAACCAACUGAAAAUCAAAUAAAAUGUAAAAUCAUUUAUUAAAAAUGAAGCAAAGAAAAGUGCAGACGAUUGCACUGAACCGAUAUGAAUCGAUUCCAACGAUGCAGAAAAUCGAUUUUAUACAUUAGGCGCAUCUAAGUGAACCAAACAUAUCAUGAAUGAGAAAAGCAAAAAAAGAAUAUAUGAUGAAGGUCUUUGAGAUCUGAGAAAAGUGACAGAAUCUCUACCACAAAGAUUUAUUAGUUGUGAAAGAAAAAUCUUGGACAGCCGAGUGAAAAAACAACAACAAACAUAUUUCGUAACAUGAAAAAAAUCAGAGCGAAAAAAGUGAUGGAUGAAAUUUCAUUGAAUUGACGCGCGAUUCAUAUUUUCUUGGAGCAGAAUGCAUCUUUUCACUGGAUCGUUUCGAAUAGAAAAUUGGUCAGUGUUUGUGAAAGUGAUUGAUUUUGCCAAUGUACAUUUUCAUUCGAGUCUCGUUCCGAUAAACGGCGACAAAAAAAGUGCUUCGAAUAUCCAUUGGGAAAUGAUAAAAUAAAAACAGAGUGAGGUCAAACUGCAUAAAAUCGAAACGAAACGAGUCGUGGGGAGAAAAAAGAGGCAACAAACAUUCCGGGUUGUAUGUACAGCGGCUGAUAUACGAAAAAAAAAAGAAUUCGUCGACCGUCGAUUUAAAUUUGUGUGCGCAUAGAUUCGUGCGGCGCUUCGCAGAUUCUACAGUUUGUGGCUUUCCUUUUUGGAGCACAAGUUUCGUGAAUUUUGGUAUAAAAAUAAGCAAUUGCACAUGGCAUCACGUAUCCGAAGCGCACUCGAAUAGUUCUCUGAAUAUUUUUGUUUUUGUUGUGCUGUUGAAAAUUCAACUUUGUGUGUGUGCAUGCGAGAUAGUGUGUUCUCUGUGAAAAAAAUAUAAAUGCACAGUGGACUCGAGGAGAAAUCGUAUUGAAAAUCGUGUGUCUUUUGGUGUUUUAAAAGAAAUAUUUCACACAACCGUCCGUUGUCGGUGUAUUUUUUUUCUGUUAAAUGGUUUUCAUCAGUGAACCAAAAUAAAUUGCCACGAGUACAUGUAUAUUGUGUGCGCUGCUGGUGCGGUCUACGAAUGCGACACCGAGUGUGAUAUAUAUCGGAGCCGAAAACAAUUUGAACACAUAGCAAUUGAACAAAUUUAUUCUUUUCGGAAAAAGACGAGAAAAAGGUCAACGUAAAAAGAAAUUCAGAAAAGCCAUACAAAUUUUUUGCAUAAUACCUCACACAAUAAUUGACUUUGUGUAGCAAAGACGAACACUUGCAACAACAAAAAAAGUAACCGAACUUCGUCGCGCAUCCUCAUAAUUAGUUCGACGGAAAAUUAAAGAAGAAGAAGAAGAAGUGUUUCCGCAUUGAAAAUUAAAGGCGAUAUUUUUAGUUGAAACGAUAUUGUACACGCAAUAAAAAAAUUGGAUUUUGGCUAAUAUCACAUAGUGAAUAUUUAUCUGAUCGUUUAUAAAUAGUGAUUUCAAAAUUGUCCUUUCUGCAAUCUACACUCUAGCCAAGCAAAAAUAUAGCUAAACAUGUUUUUCGUUUUGGCAAAUUCAAGCUAACCAGAAGUUGAAGUUAAUCCAUAAUAAAAAGAAUCAUUCGAUCAUUAAAACAUUAAAGUGCAAGAUCCACACCAAUUUUGUGUCGUUGCUGAUGAAAAAAACGUAAAAUAAAAUUCAGGCGAAAAAAACAUUAUAAUUAAAACUGAGUGUGAGCAAGUGUUAAUAACCUCUGAGAGUGUUUGUAAAGUGCAUUUAAUAUAAUUUAAACGUAGUCGACACAAGACAACGACAACAGCUCAAAGCGACACAAGACAACGAUUCAAAUAGGUACACAUAUAUGCGUGUGUGCCAGUCGUUAAUAUAAAAUUCAUUUGGCCAAAUUAAAUGUUCGCGAAUUCAUUCGGUGUAUCCUUCUAGUUGUCAAAGCCGUAGCUUGUUGUUAAAAAUAAAAAAAAACGUCAAGCAAACCAAAAAAAAAAAAAAAAAGAACACACACACAUGCAUUUUUGCAUUCAAGUACAUUAUUGAAAUACCAAGAAAUCGGAUUUUCUUUGUACGUGCAUCGUGAACUCGAACAAAACAGUUUAAAACGUAAAGUGCUUUGAUACAAAAAAGAAAAGAAGAGAAAAAGCGGUGAUUUCCGUUAAAGACCAAACAAUAAAAGCAAAUCAAUUGACAGUGAAUAAGAUUAAUUUGUGCAUUCAACAUAGUAGAAAAGAGAGAAAAAAGGAACUCAAUCUGAUAUACACUCACACGCAAAAGUCGACAUUUGAAAAGAAAACAAUAAAGACAAUUUAAGUGUAAUUUUGGAUAAUAUUGUUGUUAAAUCGUCUGAUGUGUUUGUGUGCGUGCGGUGGUUUUGGUGAAAGCUGCAGACCAGAAAUUUUCACAAAUCGACCGGGUUCGAUUGCGUCAUGGCAACGACUGCCAAACAAACAUCUUCCAAUUCAUCAGCAUCAGCAUCGGUUCGAAGCUCUUCAGCGACCGUUUCACAAACGCAUUUUCAGCAAAAUACCUCGCAAUUAAAUAUUACCACAACACAUCAUCACAGUCAUCUUCGGUCCUCAUCCCUGUCCGAUUCAACCACAAAUCAUAUUUAUCAACAUCAUCAAAUUUAUCACAGCAGCAGUAACAAUAGCGAAAACGAACAAGCCGAACAAGACAUUGAGAUCAUUGCCAAACAAAUAUCGGACCACGCUGAAGCCAUCUAUCAAACAUGGAAGGCACGCGGUUUGGCUCCUGAAAUUCUCAAUUGUCAUUCGAUGAAUAGUGACGCAUUUGAUAAAACAUUAACACCGUCCGUGCAACGACAGACGAUACGAAGAAGUGAAUCACCGCAAUACGAACCGAAAAUAACACUCGGCGAACUAUCAAAAUCAAGCAAUUGUAUCGAUACGGUAUCGGCAUUGCCGAACACAUCUGCCAAAAUGUCGAAUUCAAAUCUAAAGAAACUAGUCAGCACAUUUGUAAAUGAGGAUAAGGCCCGACAGCAACAACAACAACAACAAUCCUCAAUUGUAACACGUAAAACAAAUAUUCUAACGAGCGGCACAAUCAAAGAUGCAUUAAGAAAAUUCGAAAACAUUGACAACAAUGCAACAACUAACAUGCGGCCAAACUAUUUAAAAAAUAAUCGAUCGACAAACAAUAGUAACACAGUCGAUCGACAAUCAACUGCAACCGCAACUACAUUGAUUGCGCAACGUGAAAAAUCACCAAAAUUGCAAUUAGAUCAAACGCAACGAGAUCAAUUGCAACAGUCGAGCAACAGUUUUGAAACAAAUAAAUUGAAUAAGAAUGUGCCCGACGUUCUUAUAAACACCAUUGAACAGGAUAAAUUGAUAAAACCAUCAUCAUUAUUAAAUAGUAGCAAUAAUAAUAAUAAUAAUAUUAGUAAAAAUAGUUCGGUGUCUGGUUCAAGUGCAUCGACAACAACAAUAAGUAAUAGUUCGACGGUUGCACGAAAAAAACCAGAAACUCCGGCCAAACCAGCCAAUUUGCUCAAUCAUCAGCCCGCAUGGUCGUUGAAAAAUCGUCUGAAACCCAUUGAAAACGGUAGCAGCAAUGACACAACUAAUGCUAAGGUUGAAGAAGCAAACGAAUCAAUAACAGAAGCGGCAACCACAGCAACAGCAGAAACAACAACAACACCACCAUCAUCAGCAACUAAAACGAACUAUGAAAAUGACAUUAAAAGUGCGAAAUUGGUGAAUAAGCAAAAUUCUAAAAGCAACAAAGUGAAUAAAUUAAUGGAUGAGGUUUUAAUGGAAGAAGAGAGAUUAAUAAACGCAUUAAAAACUGGCACUGUUCUCAAUAAUGAUAAAUUACCCGAAGUGAUAACGUCGACACUAUCAAAUAGCAAUUCAAAACCACUAACAAAUAAUACAAAUUCAAUGACAAAUGCAAAAAUUGUCACCGCAAAUGCUGAACCACAACAGCAUCCAGCCAAUUGGAAUGGUGCUCAAAAGACAAUUACCGUGGACACACCAAAAACCGUAAUUUCAAACGAAAAUAACGCGCAAAAAUCAAACGACGUGGACGGUGUUCAUUUGAAAAUGAGCAAACUACGACCAAAAAAUGAUGCGGCUGUGCCACAUCCUGAUCUUAGUUUACACACAAAUAAAACGGGCACAAAACCAGCCAAUACAGCUCCGGCUGUACGACCGUUUUUAACGCGUGGUUCAGUCGCCGAACGUGUGCUCAUGUUUGAAAAAUGUCCGGAAAUAAAACUUCUGCGAAAUACACCAAAGGAUGCAAACAAAGUACCGCCAAAAGCAGUACCAAAGCCUGAACAACAAACGACCUGCACUACACUGCAGCGCACCAUUCGAAAUACAAAAAAUGUAUACAUACCAAGAUUUCAUUUUCCGUUUGGAAAACCGUUGUCAUCGAUUACAUUGGAACAAACACUGCAACGGCUUUCGGCUGCAUUCGAUGCAUAUCCAAAUAAUUGCAUGUCCAAAGAUGAUUUUGUUAGUGUGCUGAAAAUUUGUUCGCUACCAUUUUAUUGGCGAAUGCCAUUAUUCAAUUGCACACAACUAACACCAGCCGGACUCGUUGAUGGAAAACGGUUUUGCGACUUUUGGAAACAAAUGUCAGUGUUUUGCAAUGAUUCAGUGUCUCGAUUCGUUUAUAUAAUGUCACGUGGUCAAAGAUCACGGCCGUACAUUUUACCCGAAGACUUAGUAUGUCUGGUGCAGGAUGUAGUCGAUACCCAUCCAGGUCUUGCGUUCCUCAAAGAAGCCGCCGAAUUUCAUUCACGAUACGUUCACACCGUCAUUGCACGAAUAUUUUAUACGGUGAAUCGCAGUUGGUCGGGUAGAAUAACAAUGGCCGAACUUCGACGCUCCGAUUUACUACAAGUUUUACAAUUACUCGAAGAAGAAGAAGAUAUUAAUCAAAUUAUGGCAUACUUUAGCUAUGAACAUUUUUAUGUUAUCUAUUGCAAAUUUUGGGAAUUAGAUCGUGAUCAUGAUUUAUUUAUCGAUCAAAAUGAUUUGGCCCGACACAAUGAUCAUGCUCUCUCCACACGAAUUAUUGAACGAAUUUUCUCCGGUUGUGUGACAAAAACGGCCAAAGCAAAUAAUCAACGAAUGUCAUACACAGAAUUUGUUUGGUUUUUACUCUCUGAAGAAGAUAAAAGCCAUUCAACAGCCAUUGAAUAUUGGUUUAGAUGCAUGGAUCUGGACGGUGACGGUGUGUUGUCAAUGUAUGAAUUGGAAUAUUUCUACGAAGAACAACAGCAUCGCAUGGAAUCAAUUGGAAUUGAAACUCUUCCGUUCGAAGAUUGUUUGUGUCAAAUGCUCGAUAUGAUUAAGCCAAGUGUUCCCGGGUGUAUUAAAUUGGGCGAUUUGAAGCGAUGCAAAAUGACGCCCGUUUUCUUUGACACAUUCUUCAAUUUGGAGAAAUACAUGGAGAAUGAACAACGUGAUCCAUUUGCAUCACAGCGUGAAGAUGAUAUGUCUGAUUGGGACCGGUACGCGGCUCAAGAAUAUGAACUGCUUGUUGCCGAAGAAGGCGGUGAUACUCAUGGUUCUUAUGAUGAUGAAGAAGACUACGAAUCGAAUAUUGAUAUAUUGGAAUCACAUAUGGAUGACCAAGUAGCCGGUGAUAUAAAUGAAUUGUAGUAUCGCCCCAGUCACCAGCACCACCGUGAAGACGAAUUUUGAUGUUGCUGAAGUGUGUGUGCGUGUAUGUAUAUGGUCGGCUCAAUACGCGAAUGUGAUUGAGAACAAACAAAAAAUUUUGUGGAUUCAAUUGAAAAUGAAGAAUGACAUAGAUGUUUCAGAGUAUAAAAGAAAUGAUGCGAUUUUCAUCACGCACAAACAUCACUUUGAGAACAAGAAAUCAAAUGAAACAUAUAGUAUGAUUAGUGCCAUGCAAUUGCAAACUGGAAUCAGGACAUUCAAUGUGUGACUAUGUGAAAAAGUCAAAGAUAUAUUGCAAAUUGGCUAUUUUUUCACCCAUAUUAAUCGAAACUAAACAUGAACAAAAACAAAACAUAACAAAGUAAUGCGGUAAAGACUAUAUUUAGUUAGAAAGAUAUAUUUAACAAAUCGUUGCCAUUUUCCGCGUGUUUUCAGUUCUGGAAUUCUAUUCUUUUUUUUUUAAAUGUCGUUUUUGUUUUUGGAUUCAAAUUGCGGAAAGGUAGUCAGUUUCAUUAAGAACAUUAUUUGACGAACAUUUUAACAUUUUUGUAUUUAUUUCCAAGUGUUUUCUUUCCGACCGACGAAAAUGUUCAACAAAGAAAAAAAUAUAAUGAAGAAUUCACAACCACAUCACCAAAUAAUGUAAUUUUAUAAUUUAUAUCAAAGAAUCAUGAAGAUAUAAAAAAAAGAUUGUUUUUGUUUAUUUUUUUCGCUUGAUAACUAUUUAAUUUAUCUGAUAAAUAUUGGUUUGCCAUUCAUUUUUUUUUUGCACGUAUUUGUAGAAGAAGUUUUUUUUAUUAUUUUAAUUUUAUUUAUUUAAAACAGCUAUAAA